CCGAAAGAAGCGUACGCGGAAGGGAAAAUGGAGAGAAACCCUUGUGAAAAAAGGCCGAAAUUUGUAGUGGGAAAUGGGAAGGAAGUAGACGGGAUUUGCAUGGUUCGGUGGAAAUCAAGGGUGAGCAGGAGUUUUGUGCUUUUUAUUUUAAAGGCAUUUAUUCAUUUCGCUGCACACAUGUGGGACAUACAAUGGGGCAAGUUGUAGGGGAAGCUCGGGAGUUUUAUUGGUGUGAGAAUGACCGGUGGGGCAUGGAAGGUCAGAGAAUUUAUUGGAACAUGUCUCAUGGAAAGUGGGCUCUCUGUACCAAACUUUGUGGUUUUCAUUCGACUGGAUUUGUUGUUGUCUUUUGUUGAAUCAGCCCGUCUGAAAAGGCUUUUUUUUUAAUUUUUGCUUUAAUUUUGAUUUUCUUGUUAUUAGGCUAAUGGGUUUCUUUAUAAGGGAAGGAAAAGAGCAGCAAAUUCAUGGGCUUUUGCUUGGGUAAAAAGCUUGGGUUGGGACAGUUGUUGGUGUUGGUGUUUGGGUAGAUUUGAGGGAGGGGAACAAUGACAGUCAUGUUGAGUUCGCAGGGGAUUGGGCUUAUAACUGUCAUGGCGGUCUCUGGAUGCAGUGUGAUGCUUUUGGUGUUGGGUCGUCAGAAAUUUUUAGAACUGAGGAAGGAUUCGGCAGGGAAUCACAAGGAGGGGGGGCUUGGAUCUCUUUGUUCUGAGUCACUGAAUAGCUUUUCUGUCGUGGAGCACUGUAUUUCUUCAACCAAGAAUUGGAGCUCAAUUUCAUGGAAGAUCAAUUGGGAUUUAUCAGAAGCUUUGGGGUCUGUGCGCUGUUGUGAAACAGCGCCCAGCUCUCCUUCCAAAGAUCUUUCGCUUUCUGCCUGUAGCGAGAGAUCUUUCGCUUUGCCCAGUACCCAAUUGGUUAAGGGUCAGCGCUCUCAAGAUAAUAAGAGACGGAAUCGGGUGAAGAAGGUGCGAUUUUCUGAAGAUGUUGUGGAGCCAUCUGGAGACAAUGCAGAGUACAGGAGAAGGCAUGCACUGGCGUCUGCUUCUCGUCCGGGCCAUGUGAGAUCUCAAAAGCCCCAAAAUGGUGAAAAUGUGAGCUCCAAGAGGGUCGAUCCCUUGACCCAUAAUUCAGAGGGCUCCGGAAGAAAACGAAGCCCUGUGAAUAACCAAGAAUGUAGAAUGCAGACGCUUGCAAAGCCCCACAUGCCACCCAACAGAAUGGCUCUUUACAAUGGGAUCUUUCAUGACAGGUCUCAAAGGGCACUUCUCUACUGAACAUCAAAAAUCCCCUCUCUGAUCAUAAUUUUUUCCUUGAUCACAGAGAAUUCGGUAUGGAAUUAGGAUGCUCCUAACUGAUUAUUAGUAUUACUGUAUAGUAAUUAAUUGAAAAGCCAGAUUUAUGUUGAUAAUCGGGAUGGUAGCACUUAUCCAUAAUCCCAAAAUCUGGUUGGAUUCUCUUUUGGUACAAACUAUUGAUUGGUAUUUGUAUUGGAGCUCUCAUUGUCAGCUAUUACUUUGGAUAUAACAGGGGAACUUUUUAUCUUUUC